AUGGUUUUGUGUUACGGCCCUGGCAAGCGAGAUAAGCCGGUUUCCCCGACUUCCAUUCCCAGUUGUCCAGAGGAAGGAUGUGGGAAGACGUUUGCUUGGAGGGAGAAUAUUAAAACUCAUCUCAAACGUAGUCAUAAAGUAGAGAAUUAUAAGUGCGAGUAUGAAGGGUGUGGGAAGUUAUUCAAGAAGCGUCAACACUUGAAAACUCACCAGUAUGAACACACAGAUGUUAAGCCAUACAAGUGUGAAUACCCAGGAUGCAAUGCAAGAUUUAUAUUUCCAUCUGUACUAAAACGGCAUUGUAAAAUUCAUGACGGUUAUCCAUGUACCAAAGAAGGUUGUAUGCAAAAAUUUGAAAAAUGGUCGUUAUUACGAAAACAUGUGAGCCAACACGAAGAAGUCUUCAAGUGUGAAAAAUGCGACAAGACUUUCACUAAAAAAGUUAAGUUGCAGAGUCUGCUUCUUCACAUACGUAAUUACCACGAAGGUCAAAGGCCAUAUGCCUGCAGUCACGAGGGUUGUACAAAGACAUUCCAACAUAAAAUCUCAAUGGUUAAGCAUCAGAUAGUCCAUGAUCCAACAAGACCGCCAAAAGAGAAACCAAAAAGAAAACCAAGAAAAUCCAGAAAACUUUCAUUAGCUGCCAAACUAAGUGGAUACAGACCCACCGUUGUGAAAACAUCUGUGUUUUCUGCCAUUAAUGGCAAAGAAAAAACUAUUCCCAACAUAGAGGGGGAAUGUGUUCCAAUGGAGGGGCUGGAUUCUGGCAUUCCUGGAGGUGUGAAAACUGAAUGUGAAACUUGUGAUGAUAUACAUGUGCAGAUCUCACAAUCUAAUGAAUCUGGAAACAAUCAAGUUAAAACUGAUAAUAAUGACAAUGCUUUGACUACAUCGACACAGAUGGUUCAGAUUCAAAACUGUGUACUUGCAGAGGACAAUCACAGAAGGAUUUGA